GAAGACAUCACCAGCUUCAUGUGCUUGUGCAAUUUGGAUCCUUGAACAAUGUCGACUUUUCUUGAAUACCGUACAUCUCAUCGGUGGGGGCGCCACUUCGCAGUGUCGGUAUCGCUAUGCCCUACCAACAUGCCUCCAAUAUGAAGCGCAAAGUGCCAGCGUGAACGCCCUCACUGCCUCAGGCGACACGGAAUUGCAUUCAAUAAGAAUUGACCAUUAAAUUCCUGUUUUUUGAGAUUGUGUUGGAAAUUCCCAGGCAUCUUUAGGCAGCAUCGCGGGCUUAUUGGAGCUGUCUCGGUUGCCGCGACCUCAAUCGACCAGAGUGUACUUAGAUCAUCAUUGUUGUUGCACUAACAUUUAGACUUUAGGUGGGUAUCACCGUGAAUUUUAACAAUGCUUGUAUAUGUUGUCGAACUUGCUUGCAAAUACUGUUGCUGUAAUGUGAUGUGUGAGUUGAGAAUUGGUGUAUAAAGACCGUCCUCCUCUCCCCGGGCCUUACCAUCCUCUGACUUCACAAGUCCAUCACAUCAGCUUUUCGCAUCCAAUCAUAACUUACUGUCUUUAAGCUAACAUGGGAAACCCCAUUCCAACCUCUCAGUCCAUUGGAGAGUCUUCUCCCCUCGACGGCCUCCUCUCUGCUGUGGCCUCCGCCCUGGACAAGCGCGCGGGCAAAGACAUCUUUGCUAUCGGAGGCAGCGUUGGCGAUGAUGGUGAUACUUCUUACAUAGCUGGUAACUCUAUCACAAUCCGGUGGGAUAAUAAAGAUCAGGGACAUAGUCGCACGCUCAAGCUACCCCUCGCCGUUGAUCCUGUUGCUCGAGAUGCCUUCAACGCCCUGUUGGCUGAUUGCCAACCGGCAACCUUCGGCAUCGGCAGCCAAGAGGUCCUCAAUGAAGAGUACAGAAAGGCUGGAAAGAUGAACACCGAAGACUUCUGUACCAACUUUAACCCUUACGAACACGGCAUCGUCGAUACCAUCAAUCAGGUUCUAGCCCAAGCCAGCGUCACUGAUGCCAGAGGUCUCGGUGUCAAAGCCGAGCUUUACAAACUCAACGUGUAUUCGGGACCUUCUGGCAAGUUCAAGCCUCAUGUUGAUACUCCGCGAUCUGAUCGCCAGAUGGGCUCGCUCGUCGUCAGUCUCCCUGUCGAGCACAAAGGGGGGCAGCUCGCUGUUAGGCAUGGCGGUAGCGAGAUUAUUUUUGACUGGUCGCCGAAAAGCGCAGAGGCCAUUCAGUGGGCGGCAUUCUUCUCUGACUGCGAGCAUGAAGUUUUGCAGGUGACCGAAGGGCAUCGCGUCACAUUGACUUACAAUCUCUUUUGGACCAACUAUGGUCCAGCUUCGAUGUCAGAUAACCUUCGGGCUCUGGACCAGGAAUCUCUUCAUUUCUUCAAUGCGCUUGAGAAACUACUUGAGAACAAGCAUCUCAUGAAAGAAGGCCUCGUCGGAUUCUCUUGCACUCACGCUUAUCCUCAUACAUCCAAAUUAUCCACCAGCAACCUGCACCACAUGCUCAAAGGCAUUGACAUGGUAGUCUACCAAGCCCUCAAACGUAUCCUCGGUACAGCCGAAGUCGCUGCAUUGGUAGACGAUGAGGAAUACAGACACGACGAGCAAGAGUCGAUAACAGAGAGGAUUGAAUGGAAGAAAGAAAACUGGCUGAAGUAUCAGCCAGACCAGCCAGAGCCCCAAAUCACUGAGGCAGAGCAGGACAUCUUGGACAAUAAGCUAGCUAUCGGUCGCCCUCUGAGACCUGCCGUUUAUUUCUGGCAUGAUUAUGACAAUAGACUUGACCCAGCUGAAGUCAAUGCUCAGUAUGGACCUGACUGGCAAACGGAUAGGAGGAGCUUUUAUUCUCGAGAAGACGUCACUUGGUUGAAUGGCCCGCCUGGGAAGGAGGCUUCUAAAGAACUUGCUGUUGCUUUCAUUACGGUUAGUUCGGAACAUAUCACUCCAAUAAUAGAGGUACUUACAUGAGUUUAUAGUACGGAAAUGAGCCUGGUAUUGACGCUUACUACACUUCGGCAGUCAUUGUCGCAAAGGUGGAUGGGACAUCCAAGUCAGACGCAGGCACCCAGAGUGGAAGCGUGAGCGACGCAGAGGAUUAGCUUUGGGAACAUUAACCUUGUCCGAUCUUCCACUGGAUAGAAGCUCACAAAUGUUUGAGAAGUAAAGUUUAUUAUGCUAGUCUUCUGUACAAGUUGUGCCUUAUGAAAUAAAAUAGCCUUUUCCUCAGCUAAAGUUUAUACAUCGGCUUGUGACUCG